CUAACGUGACCCAUUCGCAGUUCGCGAAGAGAGGGCAGGGAAUUGCGCACGACUGCACGACUAUGGGUUGCUUGUUAUCCUGCUUUGACUAUAUGAGAGAGUGCUGGCGAAGUCUCUGGUCCACCGACUUUACGGAUGAUGCUAACGCAUGGUUGGAGUUUCUGGGUGAGGAGCCGUUUGGGUCUCUAGACACGGUGGAAAUUGAAUUGUCAGACAUCACCGGGACGGGAGUUCGGUCCCCGGACACAGUGCCAACCGUGGCGGCGGAGGUACCAGAGGCGGCAGCGGCGGGGGCGGCGGCGGUGGUGGAGCCGGCGGAGAAUGCCAGACCUCUCCCCGACGACUAUUUUCUGCGGCUCCCAGAAGCCUUGGCACGCAAAAUCCUCAGCAUGCUGGACGACGCUACUCUGCUGCGCGCCAGCAUGGCGUCCGAGGAGUGGGGCGACCUGUGCCGCUGGCAGCCGGAGCUGCGCGUGCGCGUCGAGAGGCAGAUUCUGCGCGAGGUGCCCAGCGAGACGGAGCAAGGCGUCAACAUACUCUGGAGGCAAGUGCUGCGCGGCUGCCGCUGCGCUUCACAUCUACUGUACACACUUGCUCUUCCUGUGGGAAGCCCGCUGGCCAUUCAACUUCGCAAGCGGUCGACACGUUAG